GUGUAUGUGUGAAAGUCGUGGCCGAUAAAGCUGCUCCGAACCGUUGCCUCGUAUUUUGAAGCGUACUUUUUAGCUAAAAGGCUCAGCGGUUCGAAAUAUUGCAGUAUUUUUUAUUAUAAAUUUGCACUUCUGCUGGGAGGGUCGCCCAUGUCAAAAUUUAUUGGCGAUAUGAAAGAUUUUCUGGGAUUAUGAAGUGAGCAAGUCCAAAUGCUCUUUGACCGCACUCAGGAAUAAUUUGAAGAAGAAGUUAAAAGAUAAUUCCUAAUGUACUUUUGUGGUAUCCCCUCACUCGGAAGAUCGCUUAAAAGGAAUGCUUCUGGUACUAACUGCGAGAGUUUCGUGCCACAAUUGGCUUCGUUUGGAUCCGUUUGCCAAGAUUUCAGGGUUCGUGAGGAUGGAGCUCUUGCUACCAGACUUCAGGAGGAAGAAUUCCAAAAACAUUAUGGCAUGAACAGAAAUGAGCGUAAGUCAGUCCGGGGUGAUCUGUGUGUUGCCAAAAAGACCUAUCUUGAGGAAGUGAGAACGGCUGCUUUGCUUCCUGAAGAGGAACUCGCCCAAAUGGAAGAGACAGAUAAGUGGCUUGCUAAAGAGUUACAGGACAGACUGCAGGCUGAGGAGUGUAGAGAAUUAAGAACACGAUCAGAGCUGGAGGCACGUGAUGCGCAAAUUGCCAAGGAUCUUCAAGAACGGGAGCGACAAAAACUGGAGCAUGCUCAACAAAGAAAACGAGAGCUGGAGAUCCAAGCAGAGCAAGAGACAAGGCACUUACUAGCUGCACACAAGCAAGACAGAGGUAUUGAGCCACACCAGGAUGAGUCAACCCGAAAUAGGGCAGACCGCGAGAGAGCUAGAGACAGGGCCGACCAUUGGGAUACCAGAUCGAACGGUAGAGCACCAAGAGAAGAGAGGCCAAGGGGGUACAGGGAAAGAGUAGGCGCAGGAUCCCCUGAGGCCCAGAGAAGAAGGGAUCCUGACUGGCCAAGGGAAGACCGACCUAGAGAUCCCAGAGAUUAUGUAGAUCCAAGAGACAGGGACUUGGAGAGAACAAGAGAUCAUAGAGAUAGGGACUUUGAAAGAUCAAGACACGAUAGAAGAGAGCGAGACCGUGAAGUAGAAAGAGCAAGAGAUCAGAAGGAUGUUAGGGCAAGAGACCGAGAUCCAGAAAGAUCAAGAGAUUACAGAGAUGGUCGGCCAAGGAACAGAAGUCCUGAAAGACAAAGGGAUCAAAGAGAUGCCAGACCAAGAGAUCAAAGGGAACGAGAGGCAGACAGAUCAAGGGAUGGUAGACCAAGGGAAAGUCGAGAUGCUGAGAGACCAAGAGAUUGUCGACCCAGAGAAACUGACAGAGACCCACGAGACAAGGAGCGGAGAGAGAGGCGAGAUAAUUCUCGUGAGAAUCAGGUACGAAGAGAUAAUGAUGAGAGGGAUCACCCUCAAGAUCGAAUUAGAGGUCGAAGGGAAGAGAAACCAAAACCAAUAGAUCCCAACAGAGGCCCAGACAUGGACCGGGAGCCUCAGCGGCCCAGAGAGUCCCGCCCAAGGGAGAGAGCAGAUCGGUGUGCCGGACCUCCGGCCCAUGACAAGAGGGUCAGAUCUAAGGAGCUAGAUCAGUCUGAGGAAAGAGCUGAGAAUGGCACGGAGAGACAGCGCGGCCGGCGAGAGCAGAGACGCGAGGCCAACCUCAAGGGAAAUCAGUGGGAUCCCAAGUGGGAACGUAACAGAGCAGCGGUUAAUGGCAAUGCCGACUCGAUGGGCCGACACAGCAACAGCAGUAGCACUGGAAGUGAGGAGGAGUCCAGCCGUAAGCUCACUGGCUUGGGGGAGGGGGUGGUGGUCGCCUUACCAGAGAACGGGGGAGGGAGACUUGAGCCUGAUAGGAUUAUCAUGGCCGAUGGUACCGCCAUAGACUUGUUUGACGACGAGGAAGAGAGGCAGAAAGCCCUGAAAAGGGAGAGGGAAAAGAAAGAUGAGGAGUUGGCUAAGAUGCUGCAAGAACAAGAAAGGAGGCUCGUUGAACAUGAACGCAUGGCAGCCCAGGACAAGAAAAUAGCUGUUGAGGGACAGGACAGAGAACUCGCUCGUGAGCUGCAGAAAAAAGAGUACGAAAGAGCCCAGGCGAUGGCGCGUGAGAUGAGGAGAUCCAACAGUGCUCCAGGGGAGAGGCGCCGCUUGCCGUCGUACGGCGAAGCCGUUCACCGAAGACAAAUGCCUGACCUCCUUCAAGACCAAGACCUAGUCCUCGAGAUAGACCCACUACAGAUCAGGCCGGACAGCCUCACGCGCACCACCCACUCGUCCGGGGACUCCUCCCAGGGCUCGCACCCUUCCUCUCUCGAACGGGGGCUCCAAGUCAGCAUGGAGGGUCAGACCGUCAUCCCUGGCGAUAAGGGCCCUUCCCCCAUCACCUCGCUGGAGCGUAGCAACGAGCAAAGCGCGUCGUCGCGGGACUCUUUCGCCUCCUCGGGACAGGGGUCAUUUGACCGCGCCCAUGUCUCCCCGACCUCCCGAGCCGAGGUCUGGGAGCGACUCUACGAGGCCGGGGCUGACCCCGAAUUUGAUCACAACACGAAGCACAACAGACCAGUGGCCCGAAGUCGGACGGUCGGGACAUCCAAUCCGUCCGAUAACGAGCUGGCUACUCGGCUGCCGUACAACGUCGUCGAAGGAAUUGAUCCGACGUUCAAGCGAGCGCCAAAGAGUCCAGGAAAAGACGAUGGUGAGGAAGAGAAGGCCAAGGUCAUUCCAUUGAUUAAACCACAUCGACGACGUAGUGGAGAUCGGAAGAAGAAUAGAGAGAAUAGCGAGAAUUGCAAGCAACAAUAAUGCUCAUAGAAAAUAGUAAUAAGAACAAUUUAUGAUUGAUAUUUUAUUCACGAAGGGGAGACCCUGAAAUGUAGAGUGUGUUUUAAAUUUAGGUUAAGAAAAUAACGAGAUUUUUUUAAUGAUAACUACAGUGCUUUUCAUAAGUGCAUGAUUUCGCGUGAACUUCAAAUGUUACAAGCAUUAUCUAACAAUCCUUUGACUAUCCAACAAAUAAGAAUUGUUAAAAAAAAAAAUCUAUCCUUUGAAAAAAAUUAUUUGUGAUAUUACUGAAUGUGUACUAUUCCGUCACUCGGGAACAUAUUGAUGUAAAAACCCAAGAUAGAUAGGAAAUAUGAGAAUAAUAACAAGGAACAUAUUGAUGAAAAACCCAAGAUAGAUGGAAGCAUUUUUUAUGGUUCUAGUGGUACUCGAACGUAGAGUUUGCAGUUCUGCACUUUCGAAGAACCAAACUUAAGUAUUCACUAUAUGUGCUUUUGAUUCUAAUACACCAAAAACUGGAAUUCGACUCUGCCAUAGGCAGAGGCCAUAUUGUAUUCAUUGUUCUGGUACGAGAUCACGACAGUUUGGGCUUUUUGAUUCUAUUUGCUUUUGAUUCUAGAUUUUAUAGUCAAUAGUCAAUGUUUGAAUGCGUGGUUACAGGACAGCUGGUAUUUUAACUGAUUUUACUAACCUUAUUUUAUGACGACAGUUUGGGCUUUUUGAUUCUAUUUGCUUUUGAUUCUAGAUUUUAUAGUCAAUAGUCAAUGUUUGAAUGUGUGGUUACAGGACAGCUGGUAUUUUAACUGAUUUUACUAACCUUAUUUUAUGAUUCCUCGCCGCCGUUCUUAAAUGUAAUAAGAUAGGUGUAAAUAAACAUUGUUUGGCAA